AUUUUGAUCAUUAAAAGUGUCAUUUAGUUCCCUGUCUUCCUCUUACGCUCUCUGUUUACUGUUCUUACUCUUUCAAAACUUUUCUCAUUGUCCUCUACGUUUCUUCGCUCUCAAUCCGCCCCCACUUUUUCCCCCAAUCAAUCACUCUCGCUUUUCAACUUUCUCUCCUCCCAUUGAAUUCCAGAUCUCUCUGCGUUCUUCAUCGACUUCCAAGUUCAUCAGGAAGAAAUUGUUCGAGGUUCUUCUUCGAACUCUGACUUGAAGGCUUUCCUGCAGAUUUUUGGAUCGGUGCUUGUGUUCGUAUGGAAAGUCCGGAAUUGAAGAAGCUGAAACCAUUUUGGCCUGAGGCUGACAUUCAGAACAGAUUUAAAUGGCUAUCAAAUAGUCUUGAAGAUAUGAAUCGGAGUGUUGAACAGAUGCUGAAGACGAUCAAAGAAAAUAGUGAUAAUUUCCCGAAGAGUGCUGAUAUGGAUUCUCAAGUUGAGGAGUUCUCCCGCUUGUAUCAAUCAUUAGUUGAAAAUGUGUUAUCGCCGGAGCUACAAUUGCAGGUGCCGGUUUAUUCUGAUUGUGGAUCUCCUCAAGGCACUCCAGAAUUAAGUUCGGACCAAAAACAGGGUUUCAAUUUGACAAGCAAUAGAGGGUUGGAUAUCUCUUUUGAUUCAGGUGGUGGUAGCUCCAGUCUUUCUCUGAAGGAUGGAACUGAAUCUUCUCCUUCUUCAUCGGACUCUGAGUCAGAAUCUUUUAACUCAUCUGUCGACAAUAACUAUGUGGUUUCACGUUCUGAAAGAGAUAGCCACGGGUUGAAGAAAAAACUUCUUGGGAUAGAAACUGAGCUUCCAAACAGUAAAAGGGGAUUUUGGGUUGGUGAAGAAGACAAUCACAAGGUAAAUUAUGAUGAAUUACAUGAUAAAAUCGCCAAGAUUGAGGAAGAGCUAAAAGUUUCGAAUGCAAAGCUUCAGUCAUCUGAAAAUGAGGUAAGUAGAUUAAAGAGUGAGCUUGAGAAGAAUGAAACAGCAAUUUGGCUAUCAGAAGGAUUGCAGGCCCAGCUUGAGUUAGCUGAAAAAGACAAGCAAGAAAUGGAGGCUGAUCUUCAAGUGAAAAAGAGGCAAAUAGAACAAUUGGAAACUCGGGCUUUACAAUCUGAUUCAAAGAUUGAGAGAUUGAUUCAAGAGUUAGAAACGAGCAAAGAAAUGCUCAAAAGUUCAAGUGACAAGGUCACAAGGCUUACGCAUGAACUCGAGAUUACAAAAUCUGAUCACCAUCUACAAGUCAAGGAAUUAGAAACUGCUUUUCAAGUUUCACAGGAACGAUUUCAUGCCGAGAAAGAACAGAUGCAGACCGACAUUCUCAGACAAGUUGAAGCUGAGAAAACUGAAACGAAAGCUCUCCACAACUCUCACUUGACAGUUUUGCAAGGAGAGAUUAGUCAGUUGAAGGAAGAACUUUAUGUAAAAAGCCAAGGUUUGGCAGCUUUGAAUCAAAACCACGACGAACUAAAACUAAAAUAUGAUAUGCUAAUGGCUGAGAAAGACGAAGCAAGUGCAAUGGUUAAUUCACUUUUAGCUGAUAAAGAAUCCAGAGAAUCUCAUGUCCAUGAAUUGGAAGGUGACCUGCAACAUCUACAAGUAGAGAAGAUGAACUUGAUUGAAGGAUCUGAAAGGAAGAACAAACAAAUUGAUGAUUUGAAAUUGAGACUCUUAGAGUUGGAAGAAGAAGUGAACAAGCAAAAGACUAUGAUAGAGGAUGGGGCUGAAGGGAAAAGGGAGGCCAUAAGGCAGCUUUGUUUCUCUUUGGAGCAUUACAGGAGUGGCUAUCAAGAGCUUCGUGAAGCAUUCAUUGGGCACAAACCACGUCCGGUACUCUCUGCAUAGCUCUAUUGCUUGUAAAAUCUGUUAAGCUUAUUGCCAUGUCUGUUUUUGUGCACUUUUAUAAGUAUUCUCAACGACAUUGUUUGGGAGUGAUUUUGAAAUUAUUAAAAUCUCUUUUUUAAAAUUGUUAGGAAUGUUUUACUAUGUAUUUACCAUAGUUAUUUACUCAAUAUUUACCUGUUUGUCUUC